UUGUGUGCAGUAUGCACACUCCAAAGCUUUUGUUGCUUUGUGCUUAAUGGAAGGGCCUUGAGCUUUUUUCUUUCUCUGUCUCUCCUUUCUUUAGGUUUCACUCUCAACACACUCUCUCCCUCUUCCUCUUCCUCUCCAACUAUCUCUCUUCUUCACUCUCCCAAUCUCCAUUUCCAAAGUUCGUAAAUUUGGAGUCUGAUGUCUCCGCCUCUGUUGGUUACUGAAGAUGAAGGGCAGAACAAUGCCUCAAUGGUAGCGUCUGCAUCUUCACCAUCCAUGGAGUGUUUCACCCCACAUGAGGCUAGAUUGAAAGAACGCAAUUACCUGGGAUUGUCAGAUUGCUCUUCGGUGGAAAGUUCUACUGUCCCGAACUUGUCUGGUGAGAAAAAGAACAUGAAUUUGAAGGCUACUGAGUUGAGGCUGGGCCUUCCUGGAUCCCAGUCACCUGAAAGGGAUCCAGAUAUUUUCCCAUUGACCUCAGCAAAACUUGACGAGAAACCACUGUUCCCUUUGCUUCCUACAAAGGAUGGAAUCUUCACAUUGUCCCAGAAAACUGUGGUCUCCGGCAACAAAAGAGGUUUUGCUGACACGAUGGACACUGAGUUUCCUGGAAAUGCAGGGAUAAACAUGAUGCUAUCACCUAAACCUUCUGGGAUUCUGCCAACCAUAGUGAAAGAAGUAUCCAGCAAGGUUUUACAGGAACGUCCUGCUGCAGCAAAUGGAACUGGUCUUAACCAUACAGGAGCUUCUAUCAGUGGCAGUGCACCUGCUUCCAAGGCACAAGUUGUUGGUUGGCCUCCUAUAAGGUCAUUUAGGAAGAACUCAUUGGCCACCACUUCAAAGAACAAUGAUGAAAUAGAUGGAAAACCAUGUCCAGCCGCACUCUUUGUGAAGGUCAGCAUGGAUGGUGCUCCCUAUCUGAGGAAAGUAGAUCUAAGAAAUUAUACAACAUACCAGGAACUGUCUUCUGCCCUUGAGAAGAUGUUCAGCUGUUUCACUCUAGGUCAAUGUGGUUCCCAUGGAGUGCCAGGAAGAGAAAUCUUGAGUGAGAGCAAGCUGAAGGACCUCCUGCAUGGUUCGGAAUAUGUACUUACUUAUGAAGAUAAAGAUGGUGACUGGAUGCUUGUUGGAGAUGUACCAUGGGAUAUGUUCAUUGACACAUGCAAAAGGCUUAAAAUCAUGAAGGGUUCUGAUGCCAUUGGCUUAGCUCCAAGGGCCAUGGAAAAAUCCAGGAGCAGGAGCUAGUCGUUAUUGGAAAUGUUGACUGCGUUUUGUCUACUUUACUGAAAGUUGCUAGAUAUGAGAAAGGUGUGGAAAGAAAACUAUGGUAUAAACGACCGAAUGCCGGGUUUUGAUGUUUAACUGCUAUUAAAGAUGUUGUCUAUUAUUAAAAUCCCAGAAUAGUGUCUUGGUCUUUUGUUUGUGUUACAUUUGUUUCAAUAUAAUACCUUGUUAAGCUACCUUGAAUAUUAGUAAUUGUGGAGUCUGUAAUCUUUAUAGGAACCGUUUGUUUGGAUAAGCUGAAUGUAUGUUAUAAUCUCAACGUAUUGUUGUUUUUCUA